GUUCUUGCUGGAGAGGAGGCCGAUAUCACCUCCAGCAUGCUGAACACCGAGGACGCAGACACCGCCGCAGAGCAACUGGUGUACAGCGUCGAGUUGCUGACCAAUGGGAUGGUGGCGUUGAAAGAGGCGCCCGAGGAGGAGCUCCUGAAUUUCACACAGUCUCACAUAAACAAAGGGGAGGUCAUCUUCAUUCAUGAGGGUGAGGAGUCUGGAGGCUUCAGUUUCACGGUGACAGACGGAGAACACACGUCUCCUCUCUACCAAUUUGUCGUCACAGCCAGACCUCUCACCAUCACCAUGGUAACGCAGGAGGAGCUCAUGGUAUUUCCAG